CUGAAUUCCGCCGUUUUAAGUAGUAUAAAAGCGGCGACUUAGCACAAAUCAGCAUCCAGUUCGGUGUCUGGAACCGCCACAGUUGCGCACACGUGGUUUCGCUUCGCAGGAGCAGCAGCAGCAGCAGCAGUCGCUGAGUCGCAAUGAAGUUGUUUAUUUGUCUGUCGGCCCUUUUGCUGGUUUCGGCCAACGCCGAAUCAGAGCAGAAGAAGUCGGAGGCGACCGAGGGCGGUAAGUCGGCGGUCCCGCUGGAGAAGAAGCUGGACAAACGCGGUCUGCUGAGUCUGGGCUACGGCUACGGUAUCAAUGGGCUGGACGUAGGGUACAUCGGUGGUGGACAUCACGGUGGUGCGUACCAUGAUGCGCACAGCCAUCACUACGGUAGCCACGGAGCAGUGUACCUCGGUGGGCAUACCGAUGUGACCAAGACGGUCACGCUGGUAAAGGGCAUCCCGGUGCCGUACACCGUCGAGAAGCACAUUCCGUACACCGUCGAAAAGCACGUACCUUACCCCGUGAAGGUGCCCGUUCCGCAGCCCUACGAAGUGGUGAAGCAUGUCCCAGUCCACGUCAAGGAGUACGUCAAGGUACCGGUCCAUGUGCCCGCUCCGUAUCCCGUUGAGAAGAAGGUCCCGUAUCCGGUCCAUGUUCCGGUCGAUCGUCCUUACCCCGUCAAGGUGUUGGUUCCGCAGCCUUACGAAGUGACGAAGCACGUCCCAUACCCGGUCAAGGUACCGGUACCGCAGCCCUACGAAGUGACCAAGCAUGUGCCAGUACCGGUGAAGGUGGAGGUCCCCGUCCCGGUGCCGUACACCGUGGAGAAGAAGGUCCCGGUCCACGUGAAGGUUCCGGUCGAUCGUCCCUACCCGGUCCAUGUGCCUGCUCCCUAUCCGGUUGAGGUAGAGAAACCGGUCCCGUACACGGUGGAGAAGCCUGUCCCGUACCCGGUGAAGGUACCGGUCGAUCGUCCUUAUCCGGUGCACGUUGAGAAGCCGGUACCGUACCCGGUGAAGGUGCCCGUCCCGCAGCCCUACUACGUCGAGAAGCACGUCCCGUACACGGUGGAGAAACCAGUGCCGUACCCAGUCAAGGUGCCAAUCGAUCGCCCGUACCCGGUGCACGUCGAGAAGCACAUUCCGGUCGAGAAGCAUGUGCCGGUACCGGUGAAGGUGCCGGUGGCGGUGCCAGUUCCGGUGCACGAUCAUCACCAUCACCACCAUGAUGUGAGCUACACUAGCUUCAGUGGUUACGGUCACGACUACAGCUAUCACCAUUAGAAAAGUGGAGAGCGAAAGAGCGUCUAGAUCUUUCUCUCUCUCUCUAUCUCUCUUUCUCUCUUACUACCAAGAGAGACCAAGGGGAAGAGAAGGGACAGAGGACAUAACCACCACCGGACACUAACGAACUCUGCACUUCCCUCUGUCUUGACAACUCGAGAACGACCGAGAGCCAGAGCCAUCUCGUCCUUAAUAGCUAUCGACCUCAUCAUCGAGCACCAGUACACCACUCCCAUCUUCCCCCUCAAACACAUCUCUCUCUCACACAUACACACACACCAUGUCCAAAAAGGACUAUUACUCACUCACCUCACCUCAUCUCAUCUCUAAGCCAAGGUUUGGUUUGAUGAGCCGGAAAAUGGAAGAAGGCGGAAAGACCAAAAUGUCUGAUCAGUUAGCGCCAGCCGAAGAUUGUGAUAAUUUGAUCGUGAUUCGCAACGCACUGCCCGCCCUUACCCACCACCAUCCCCCACCACUGCCUGUCUUCUCCUUCAUCUUCUUCUUCUCCUUUUUCCAUCAUGCAUUACAAUUAGUACUUGUGAGGAUCAGCCGCACGGAGUCGUCCACAGCACCAUCACCACCACCACAACAAUGGAGGCGCCUAAUGUCUGUGCUGUUUUGCGUCGUAGCGAGUUCAGAGUCAAUCAAGUUGUUUUUGACAUUUUUGUAGAGCAAAAUUGCAAACAAAAGCAAACUAGUGGAAAUUUGGAAUGGAAUUAGACGGACAUGGGAAGAGAUCUAAUCGCUCGAACGCACGCACGCACGCACAGACCGCAGGAGUCGCUGGUGUUUGGUGGCUUCCGGUGGCUGAGAAGCAGAAGCAAAGAAGAGAAGGGGUUCGCACUCGAAGGGCAUGAUGUAUAUUGUGUGUGUGUUUUUUUUUAUUAUAUAUUAUGUGUAAAUAAGAAGCGAAAAUAAACGAAACAAAGAUAUUAUACA